AUGGAACCACUUUCCGCUCUCAGUCUCUUUUGCAACAUUAUGGAUAUCUGCGACCGCGCCGUCAAGGUGUGCAAUACGUUCAGACAAAUUUAUAAGAAUGUCAGGGGUCAAAGGGCACAAGAUGAAGAGCUCCUUGAAUGCCUCGGUGAAUUUCAGAAGAUACUUAAUGGAUUAAGGACUGCAGCGUCCAAACUCAGCAGAGAUAAUUUGUGCGACCCGAUCUUGGGGCCUCUCAAUCGCCUCGAAGGCAAGUCAGCUGCUGUCAAGGAAAUAUUGGAUGGAUUUCGGGCCAGCAAGCCUGGCAAUGCAUUCGCCUCUGUCAUGGCUACAGCCAAGGUGAUGCGAGGACAGGCGGUGACCAAGACCACCAACCACGAGCCACAUCGAAAUACACAAUACUUUCUCAGUGUCCAGAUUGGAGAGAUUUGUUCAAUUGCAGACCAGCUAAAUGAAGGCCAAGACGAAAUCCGAUCUGGACUCACAAGCCUUGAUGCUCGAAUAACAAAGCUCGACAAGGACUUGUCUGAGGUGCCAAGUAUUGUUGCAGAGGCCAGAGGGAUCUCGAAAGAAGUGCACACUGAGCUAUGCGCGUUAUCGGUCAUUGAGCGUCUCGGAAAUCCAAACCAAAGAUAUUGGGAUGUGACAGAAGCGGAUUCUCACACUUUCCGUUGGAUCAUGCGGAAUGAAGAUGAGAAGAGCAUUCGUCCACAUGAUAGCCAAAGCUCGCUGGACAACGAAGAUGCAGAGCACGAAGAUGCAGAGCACGAAGAUGCAGAGAACGAGCAUGCAGAGAACGAAUCACGGUGGGAGAUUGAAGCGAGACUCGACUACGAAAACACCCAGAGAGAUGUCAAUGUACGACUCAGAAACUGGCUUCGGAAUGGGAAAGGACUGUUCCAUGUCUCAGGAAAACCUGGAUCCGGCAAAAGCACGCUCAUGAAGUACCUGGUACAGCACCCGACAACGAUACGCUUACUUGAGGAAUGGGCCAAGCCGGAACGCCUGGUCCUAGGGAGAUUUUUUUUUUGGAAACCUGACCAAGGGGAAAACAGCUUAGAGGCCUUAGUUCGUGGGCUUCUGCGUAGUAUGAUACACUUUGAUGCCAGCUUAGUCCACUUGGCAUUUCCCAUGUGCAGCAAGUCCUCCUUUGAGCAGCUUUCUCUCCAGUCGGAGUUGCAAAUGACGAAGUCGGAGGUUUCAAAGGCAUUCAAAAACAUCGUCAAUGAUGUUAACCGACCGAAAACAAUCAAAUUUUGUUUCUUCAUCGAUGGCCUCGAUGAGCUUGACGAGGAUAAGGACACAACACAUUCGGAGAUUGUGAAAAUAUUCCAACAAUGGGCGAAUACGUCGACCGGAUUCGUCAAGAUAUGUGUAUCAAGCAGACACUUCCCAGUGUUCGAGAACAUGCCCGUUCACGAUCGUAUCCGGAUCCAGGAUCUUACCAGGUACGACAUUAUCAACUUCGUCCGAAAUGCCCUAGGAUCUCAACAAACAUUCAGGUCCAACAUGACAGCGAACACUAAGGAAUGCCGGGAACUGGUCGGCGCGAUUGUCGAACGUGCCGAUGGUGUGUUUCUAUGGGUCAGCCUUGUUGUGAGCCCCAAACCGGUGAUAUUGACGCCGUUUUUCAAGUGA